AGGCGCCCCCGAGGGCUGCGUCGCCGAGGCGCGGUUGGACCCCGCGACGUUCAAGCAGGUCGUGAGCCGGGCGGUGCCAGAGUUCCCCCGGGAUCUGUGCGGCCGCCUCUUCAAAAAACUCGACGCCUUCGGUGUCGGCAAGCUCACGUUCGUGGAACUGGCCUGUGGCAUGUCCGCCCUGUCGUUAGGCACGAUGGACGAGAAGCUGCAGGUCUGCUUCGACCUCUUCGACUCCGAGGGGAGAGGAGCGCUCACGCUGAAGGACUUGGGGGACCUCUGCGCCACGCUCUUCCGCGUGGCCUUGGCCCAGGGCUUCGCUGGCGCGAAGGUGGCGAGCACCGACGAGGUGCUGGGCAACAUGGAGCGCUUCGACUGGUCCACGGAGCAAGCAGGCUCGGGCGACGUGGUCACCGAACUCUCGAAGUCUUGGAGGAGCCCCAGCGGUGUGGGGAGAUCGGCCAGGAUGAGCCUGCCUCCAGGAAACAUGCUGCGCGUGCCGAGAUCUCCCCCGACCGCCUCGUUCGCCUCCACUUCCAUGUACGUCACCUCGCCCACGGAGCCCACCGGGCUGGAAGGCGGGCGUGAGCAGCCCUGGCGCUCCAUGCUGAUGCGCCUGCUGGUCGCGGCGCACGUUCACUCGCCGGGGGGGCCGCCGCUGGUGGCCUUCGAGGA